AUGCCUCCUCCAUCGAUGACGCUGGCGCACUCCAUCGUUGCCUUGGCCGAGUCUCGCGCAGAGGUGAUACAACGUGAGAUUGCCGAGGAGUACAUGGACUACCUCGUCACAGUCACAGCCCACAGGGACCAGUGGAGGAGCACGGUGCGCAGGAUGGGCCACCAGCCCAUCGCAGUGCGCAUGGCAAGAGGCUUCGAGAUGAGAUUGUUGCGUGAUAGUUAUGAACACGCAGAGCUUUUCAACCUGCUGCAGGCUUACGGCUAUCGCUUGUGUGGCGACAAGAGGGUCGAAGACAUGGUUUUGGCUUUCUUACAGGGCGAAGAAUCGACCGCAAUCUUCACUUUGCAAAUUCCGCGGAAACUUCUGCUGGAGAACCCAAGCGCUGUCUAG